AUGAAGCAUUUUCUGAGAGUGGUGACCCAGUUCUUCGUGUUCCUCUACUGUAAGUGUCUGUGGAGGGGCCUCAAGUUUGUCGCCAGGAAGUUUACUGGGCGCUGUGAGCUGCAGCGAAUCUGCUACAACAACAAGCAUGGAGCUCGCAGGACACACAAGAUUGAAUCGUCUCUGAGGUACUCCAAGAAUGAGCUGCUGCAGUCUGCCCUCAGCGUGCAUCCUGAUAAAGUGGAGAAAACCAUUGACGACAUCAUGGCGCUGAAGAAGAUUAACCCCGACACCAACCCACAGUUGGGCAUCUCUCUUCAGGCCAGCUUGCUGCAAAUUGUGGGCUACAGGAGUCUGGUGGCGGAGGUGGAGAAGCUGCGUAGGGAGCCUUACGACUGUGAGAACCCCGAGCACGAGGAGAUGCUGAUGAAGCUGUGGAAGGAGCUGCGUCCUGACAGCCCUCUCACCGGUCGCAUCUCUAAACAGUGGUGUGAAAUCGGUUUCCAAGGCAGCGAUCCCAAGACUGAUUUCAGAGGCAUGGGCCUGCUGGGUCUGCACAACCUGCUGUAUUUCGCAGAACAUGAUAAAGCCACCGCUCUGCAGAUGCUCCACGACUCACUGCAACCAAAAUGUAAAGACACUGGUAAAAUUGAGAUAAACAAGCCUGAAUGGGAACAGAAGAACCUUGACAAAGCUAUCGGAUACUCUUUUGCCAUUGUGGGCAUCAACAUCACAGACCUGGCCUACUCUCUGCUGGUGAGUGGAGCUCUGAAGACCCACCUGUACAACGUGGCCCCAGAGAUGCCGAGCCUGCAGCACGUCCAGCAGACCUUCUGUUACCUGAUGCAGGAAUUUCACCGUUUCUGGAUCGAGGAGGAUCCCAGCGACAUCAUGGAGUUCAACCGGGUCCGCUCCAAGUUCCACCGGAGGAUCCUGAAACAGCUGAAGAACCCGGACAUGGCCCUGUGCCCCCACUUCUCCGCCUCCGACCUCCACCUGGUCAACCUCUAA